UCAUUCAGCCGGUGUUUAAAUCUGGAGAAGGAGGAGCGUUCAAAAGUUGUUGAAUGUUCAAUGGCUCAUAUUCAAAUGUCUUCGUGAGCGUUUAUUGUUUAAAAUGGCCAUUUCGUGUGCGUAUCCUGGGUGUUGUAAUAUUAAAAAACCUAAAAGAAAAUUUUCGCUUGGAAAGAAAAUUGUGACUUUUCAUAGAUUUCCUAUAAGCAAUCCUGAGCGAUUGAAGCUGUGGCUGCUCGCGCUGCUGUUGGAUGUCAACUCACCCAAACAUGCUCUGAUAUUUAAGCGAGUGUGUAGCGAUCAUUUCAUCGAAGAUGAUUUCAAACCCUCUCAGAAAGGUAAUCGGCGUUGUCUGAAAGCCUCUGCUGUGCCCAAUACGGUUUUAAAGCAAACAGAGUGUCCGUCUCGAGGAAAUCUAGAGUCCCUAGCAACAGACAAAGACCCCGAGCUUGAGGUCCGGGCAGCAGGAGUGUUUUUGGCUAAUGUUCCACAGUCAACACCAGUGAAUCAACAGGACUCUGGUCCAGCCACUAACGUUACCACGACACAGUUCGCAGAUGCGCAGUCACAAGUUUGUUUAGUGCCCACAAGUCCUGAAAGUGUUGGAACAAAACCCUCAACAUUUUAUGUCCUCCCAGCAAUACACUCCCACCAGUCUUGUGGUGGACGGGGGCGGAUCCUGCAGAGGAUGACUGUGAAGAUAUGUUCAGCCGAACUGAUUGAGUUAAGAAAGGAACCAACAGGAGAAGAGGAACGAUUUGAUGGUGAAGAUGAUGAUGAUGAUGAUGGUGGAGAGGAUGAUGAUGAUGAUGAUGAUGAAGACGGUGGUGAUAUUUUUGGUCGUGUUAAUGAUGAUGAUGAGGAUUUUCUUCCUUCAGAUGCCAGCAGCGAUUCCCUUUCUGAAGGAGAAGUGGCCUCUACAUCAGAAGAGCACAACUGGGAGUUUCACUGUGAGCAGUGUGGGAAGGAUUUCGUCUCCGAUAAUAAGCUGAAAAUUCACUCGAGAGGACACAAUGCUGACAAGGCUUUCCACUGCAAAGUAUGCAAGAAGUUUUAUAACACCAAAGAAUCUCUUGAUGUUCAUAAGGGAUCACACAAGAAGGAAAAGCAGUGUCCUCACUGUGAGAAGAGAUUUUACUCUUUGUCUGCCGUUAGGAGACACCUGCGGAUACACACCAAUGAGAGACCGUAUCUCUGCAGUGAAUGUGGAAAAACUUUUCGGGAGUUAACAUCUUUGAAGAAACACCAAGCAACACACUCUGUGGAGAAACUCUAUCAGUGUUCACACUGUGAUAAACGAUUCGGUCAUAAAUCUAAUCUGAUAACUCAUGAGAGAACUCACACUAGAGAGAAAUCUUAUCUUUGCUCUGACUGUGGGAAGAGUUUUCAUAAUCAAUCUAAUUUCAUAACUCAUCAGAAAAUUCACUCUGGAAAAAAACCUCAUCGCUGUAAAGUUUGUGGGAAGAGUUUCAGUCGACGUGACAAUUUGGCGACACACCUGAGGAUUCACACAGGAGAAAAACCUUUCAAAUGUUCUCAGUGUGACAAGACGUUUACUCAAAACAUUCUCCUGAAACUCCAUCAGAAAGGUCACGCUGGAGAGAAACCCACCAGUGAAUCUGCGGAGGGAGGGAAACAAAAGGCACAUGUUAGGAAAGCAGGAAAACCCCCACAUAAAAUCUACCGUAAAACGUGAAUCUUGUUUAUCAUUUUUUCUUUAUUUAUUAUUGUGUACUAACAGUAUCUCUUUGAGGUUUUGAUGGACUCCAAUAGAUGUUAACACUAAACACACUUUGACUGGAUCACUUUUCCAUUUCAACUACAUUUUGAUUGUCAUUCUAGUCAGUGACAUAAAUCAUGGUGUUCAUUAAAAUGUAUAUUAAGGUGGUCAUAUGGCACAAACACGUGUUGCCACACCCCCACAAAUCUACGUCAGUUGGUGGUCUGAUUUGACUAAGACCGCCCAAAUGUAAACACAAGUAAGGUGGUGUACCUGUCAGUACAAUUGAAGAGGAACCUGAUGUUCCAAAUAUGGUCAGAGGCGUUACAUUUUCCUCCCACGCUUGCAGUAUUCCACCAAUCACUACACACUGGUUAACUGGCCAAUCAGAGCACACGUCGCAUUUCAGAGCCAUGAGCUUUGUUAAAAAUCUGUGUGUUUCAGAAAGGCGGAGCAAACAGGAGAUGGAAACAUGUACUGUUUGUGGAAAUACAGGAUUUUUUAACCUCAAAUCGUGUAUAAACAUAACAUUACAUUUAAUUAAUGCGUUAUAUUUGUUUUAGCCGUGUCAUAUGACCCCUUUAAUUCUGGUGAAUUGUCUGCUGUUUUUGCCGACUUUUAUGUUAAUUGAGUUGUGAGGUGUCAGCAUGCCGAGACUGACUGUCAUUAUUAGAGUUGACCAUUAAAAACGUUACCUCGUUUUAGAUAUUAAAUUAUUGUAUGAGAUUUAAGGUCAGAGACUUGUGGUUGGUAUCUUAUUUAAAAAACUGUUGCCUCCUGCAUUGCAGUGUGGUACUCUGCCUGCACCUCUGAUAACAAGAGAUCUCUCCAGCGCAUCAUUAAAACAGCAGAGAGGAGUACCGAUUCUCAGCUCCCUGAUCUGGAGGACAUCUACAGAACACGCUGCACCCCAAAGGCAAAAACAAUCAUUACUGACCCCUCACACCCAGGUCACGAUAUCGUCACCCUCCUGGCGUCUGUGAAACAAUAGACAGUAGAACACUGUACACCCACACAACACGACUCAAGAGUAGUUUCUAUCACAGGGCAGUUGCACAACUGAACACUACAUCCUCCACAUGUACCUCGAGACCUCUAUGUUUUAGACAACACUCCUACCUCAGUACUUCAUUUCCUGAUUAUUUGCACAUUUAUUGCACAUACACAAUGUUUACAUCCAUGCACAUCUGUUGUCUUGUGUUAUGUGUUUUUCCUGUGCAAUGUGUUAUAUAGCUUACUAAAGAAGAAGUAUAGAAGUAUGUAUAGAAGUUUAUUGUAUAGAAGUAUGUGUAUAGAGAUGGCAUCUGGAGGUUGCUCCACCAAAGUUU